GAUGGAGGUUUCCUAUGCUGUUGAGCAUUACCUCCGUUCGAUUAUUUUUCUACCUGAAAGUAUUGGGCCGUGACAUCUCAUUCCCUUGGACACCAAAGGUGCGCUAUUUUCAGUUAAAAAAAAGGUGCACGAACCGACCCCGCUGCUACCGCGCCGCUCUACCAGGCCCCCUCCUCCCACGACCAAAGCACAAAGUUUCUGCCCGACGGCGGCGGCGCCCGAGCAUCGCCGGCCAUCGUCCUAAUCUGCUGUCCACCAUGUCGAGCGGGCCUAGAAGAAAGAAGUAUGUUAUCCCUACAAAAGAGGGAGGGGCGCCUGCGUCCAUGUCGACCGCAAGAAAGCGACGGCGGCCGCCGACUCGUCAGGAACCCGGGUCAACAUCUCCUGCGCCCGGGGACGGUACCACACAAUCGAGGAUCCCUGAUGAGGAGGAUGACGAGGAUGAGGACGCUAAGAAGAGAAAUCUGGUCAGAUUGGAGGAGGAAGAAGAGGUGGUCUCCUCUGCACCAAGCUCCCCGAUCUGCGAGCCGUAUAUCCCGAGAGACAAAGACGGAGCGAUGUACAACAGAUUUCGCAACCCGGAAAUAUACAAGGCCUUAAGGGCUGAAGAAGAGAAGUUGAGAGAAAAACUAGGUUUCCUCUCUGCCCAGAGGAAACUGCCAACACUUGACUUCGAAUCUUCCGCUUGCCUAUCUGAUGAUGAACAAGUUCUACAUGUCCGUGAAUCUGGAACAGAGGCCGUACUUCGUGCUGCCAAUUUUGUUCUCGCGCUUUCAUCAUUUACUGAUGGCAAGCCUCUCCAGAGGUGUUCUGGCAUUUUAUUUGAAUGGAAUGAUCAUCUUAAAACCGGCGUUGUGUUGACGACGGCACAUUUAAUCCGCUCAAAUUGCCCGUCCAUUGACCACUGGUUAGGAAAAGACGAGUACCGUCCUGAUGCUAAGGUGGUUGUCCAUUUCUUAGAUGAUACCACUGCAGAGGGUGAUCUCGUGUAUCAUCAAGAACACUAUGAUAUUGCUUUUUUCAAAGUUGAAGUCAGUCAAUGUCCUCAGUUGCCUUUGUUUGUUGAUAAUGUGAAACCCGGUCAAGAGAUUUUCCAGCUUGGAAGAGAUGAGAAGUUGAACCUGAGAAUAACCUAUGGCAAGGCACGAUCUAUGAAUCCAAACACGUAUCAAAGACAGCACUUCAUGUACAUGAUUCGUGAAGAUGUUGACAAUGAGUUUGAUGAUGGAGGGCCAGCAAUUGACUUCAGUGCAAAUGUUGUUGGCAUGAUCAACAACUCUACGAGCGGAUCUUUCAUACCUACUUCUAUCUUGCACGAAUGCUUCUACUUCUGGAAGAAUCAUGGGUGCAUCCCUCGGCUCCACCUCAGAUUGAAGCUUUUCGCUAUCAAGCUUCUAGACCCCUCUCAUAUUGAGAGGAUAAGGCGGAAAUGCAAAAUUGAUAGUGGUCUUAUUGUUCAAGAGGUAUCAAGUGGGUCCCAUGCCGAGAUGCUUGGAAUCUGUAGAGGUGAUAUUAUCAGCUGUUUUGAGGGAGAGGAAGUUUCUACGACAGUCCAGUUGGAGAAAAUGAUGCUGGAUGUUUGCAAGAAUCGUUUUGUGGGAGGAAUAAACUGGAAUAACAAAGUGGAUGUUUCGGUAAAUUUAGUUUUGGUUUUCGACAUCCGGAGGAGUCACUGGAGGACCAAGGUGUUGACUCUAGAUGUUUCUGACAAGGGAGAAGUUAUCAUGAGAGCAUCUCGUCUCGUGACUGUUUAGAAUGUCAUAAUAUUACUAGUUUAUGUAUUUUGGAGUUAUUAUUUUGGUGGUGAAUGGCUAGUGUGUAGCGACCAAAUUUUGACCUAUUAUUUUGGUCGUCAACUGCUGCUCGAGGUUCUUUCGUUGGGCUCGAAUGUCGCUGGAGAUGCAUCAUUACUCAUCUGCUGACAGUCGGUGAGUCUGCACACAGGAUAGGAUUUGUAAAAGGUAUGAAAUAGUUUCUAGCUAAUAGCCUGAGUUGUACGUCUGACUUUUUGGACAACUCAAAAGAGCCUUGAUAAAAAAAACUUUAUUCCACA